GAGAGAGGGAAGGAGAGAGAGGGAGGCAGGCAGAGAGAGAAAACUAGCAGGCAGACAUCAGAGCAAGUCAGAGGGGGAGUGAAAGAGCACCAGCCAACAGGGUGGAGAGAGAGAGAGACAGACAGAGAUAGAGAGAGGGUGGCUGUAUGUGUGGUCCGGGAGACUGAGAGAGAGAGAGGCUGCUGGAGAGCUUGAGGGCGUCGAUAGAGUGGGAGCGAUAGAGUGCUAGAUAAUGGAGGUACAGACGGAGUGUGCGGAGCCUCCCGUGGCCCCUCAGUGUGACCCCCAGCCCACAGGGAAGAUCAACAAAGCUGCGUUCAAACUCUUCGGAAAGCGCCGCACCGGGUCUGGGAUGGCCAGCUUCUUCUCCUUCAGGAACAAAGGGGCUACCAAUAGCGGGAGCAACGGGAACCCUGACAAUGGGAAUUCUUUGAACGGGAACGGCUCCGCGGCGUCGGUCGAGCUCGUCCGGAGCAAAACCCACGAUGGACUAAUGGGCUCUAAUAACGAUGCUGAUGGACAGCGAGGGGAAGGGCUCGCCAUCCUGGAGGCAGGGCCGGUAAGGUCCCUCAGCAAAUCUCUGAGUUUCUUCUCUUUACUCCGACGUGGGAGUUUUAGGUCGGGUGAAAAUGGAGGGGCAGGGCUUGUUAGAAGAGGGAGGGGCUUAAAGGGCUUUUUUAGCAGCAUGCGAUGGAGACGCAAGGAAAAAACAAACGAGCUAGACGGGGAAGAGGCGGAGCGGAAGGCGGAAAAGGAUGGGGAUGUUGGCGACCCCGAAAGGGCAAAGGACAUUACGCUUACCCUUGAACCGCCUCCGCACCAUCACCAAGUGGAUUGUGGGGAUGCCUUUGCAUCACCUGACCCAGAGACUCCCAGUACCAGUGUUACCAUAACACCACCACUGUGUGUUGUUGCCAUGCCAGGGCAAUCCUGUGAGCCAGACUCCCCCAUUCCUUACACACCCACCGACUCCCCGCUGCGCCCCCCCACCCAAAAAGCCAAAGCCUCAAUUUCCAGCCUCACCCCCUCCCUCGCUACACCCCCUUUGGAUCGCUGCAGCACCGGUGACCCCCCAUCAGAACCUUCGGUGGACCGCCUCUGCUCUCUCCUCUUCACUGACGUCACCUCCCUCAAGAGCUUUGAUUCACUGACGGGUUGCGGCGACAUCAUUGCCGACGCGGAGGAGGACGGGCCAGGGGGCAACGGGGGCAGCGGCACCAGCAGCAGCAGCAGCGGGGGAGGAGGGGGCAGUGUGGGACUGUGCGUUGGGAGAGCCGUUGGUAUCGCCAGUCUUGCCACGUCUCGGGGCUCCCCAACCAAACCCCACCUGCCUCCGCAGCUGACCCAGCCGAUGUUCUCCGUCCCCCUGAACGCGCUGCCUUCUUCCCUCCCGGCCCGGGCCCGAGCACCGCCUCCGCCACAGCCGCACACGGCCGGUAGCGGCGUGGUGGCCUACAUGGGCGGUGGGGAAGAGAUGGCGAGUCCGGAGGGAGUGGACGACGCAGACAUGCAGGGGCUCUGGCACAUGCUUCCCUCCACGGGCGACGACUCCCCCGCUUUGCCCCGAUCACACCAAACUCCCUCCACCACCCCAACCUCUACCCAUCCCCCUCGUGCGGCGUCCAACCCGGCCAGCAGCCACCUGCUCUCCGCCCACAGGAGUGCCGACCGCAAGUUACCUCCGGUGAAGGCACUGGGGCUCAGUAAGAUUCCGGUGGUUGGUGCAGCGGGGGGGCGGGCAGCUAAACCCCCCGUCCCUCACACGCACGUCCGUCAUCCCGCGUCACCCGGAGAGCCGCUGAGCGACGAGGGUUACUGGGACACACCCACGGCAACGCCCACGGCAACACCGGACGAGAGCGGGCAGCAGCGUGAACGGAGGGCGGCCCUGCCACGCGACAGCUGCUCUGGAGACCACCUGUACGACCUCUACAACGAGCCCGAGGAGGCGGGAGAGGAUGUGGAGCAGGAGGGAGAUGAAGAUCUGAACAGCACUCCUUCUCCAUCCAGUGAAUACAAACUGAGCCCCACCUCCCAAACAACUCCUCCUUCCUCAUCCUCCUCUUCCUCCUUCCAAUCGUUGAAAGGCAGCGCCAGCCUUCCCCGGGAUUCCAAGAUCCCAGUAAGCAGCAGACAGACCUCACCUCCCCACUCUGUGAGCCAGUCGGCCCUGGCGUCCGUUCUAGAGGCUGAAACCCCUCCACCAAAGACCCAGGCGCCUGCCCCGGUUCGCACCAGAAUCCCUGUAUCCAAGGUGCCAGUCCGUCGCUCCGGGAACAAACCUGGCAGCACAACCAGAGGAGCGGCCCACAAGAAGUAGCUCCAGUCACAUGGGGGGGGGGGGGGGAGUUCUCCCGCUCGCAGAAAAACUCGAGUGUAUAAGCAGAGCCAAAAGUUUUCCCAGACCAAGAAAAAUGUUGAGCUGUAAAGUUAACAGCUUAGAAAUUCCUGUGAAAUCUUAAAAACACUCAUUCCUCAAGAGUUCCUGCUUACGACUGGCCCAGGAUUGAAUGGGUGGUUUUGUUCACUUGAGAAAGUGACAGGGAGACUCAAAAAGCUGGGUUAACACUUGGAACCCUCCCUCCAUGGAACUUAAGAGCUGGACUUUUGACAAUCCAUGGACUCGCUAUUGACACGUUUGCCUUGUAACUUCCUGGAAAAGCUCCUGACCUGUUGAGAGAUUGACGGCUAAUGACUGCACACUGCAAAAAAGGAGAAACGCACAGCACCUUUUAUCUAUGAAACCCCACACGGUAUCUCCUAAUUUGUUUAUACGGACCUAAUCUAAUCAACGUUGUUUUUUCUAAAAUUGUCAUCUUGUCUAAUCUGUAACAAAUUACCUCUAAAUCUUUUGAUUUUUGAGCCAAAGUUAGAAAA